UUUGCAAAAUGGCUUCCAUUGCCGGUCGAGUGUUGGUUUAUGGUGGAAAAGGAGCGCUUGGCUCCAAAUUGGUUGAUCUAUUCAAAGCCAAAAACUGGUGGGUUGGUAGUCUGGAUUUGGUUCCUAAUGAAGAAGCCCAUGCCAACUUCGUUGUCCAGCGCGACUUGUCAUGGACCGACCAGGAGGCAGCUGUUGAAAAGGAUGUGGAGGAGUCCUUGAAGGAUGAAAAAGUUGAUGCAAUUCUCUGUGUUGCAGGAGGAUGGGCUGGAGGAAGUGCAGCCAAUAAAGCCAUGAUAAAGAAUGCAGAUGCCAUGUGGAAGCAGAGCGUCUGGCCGUCGACCAUCUCUGCCAGACUCGCGCACAAGUUCCUGAAGGAGGGUGGUACCCUGGUUCUUCCCGGUGCUCAGCCAGCCGUCAAGGGAACACCGGGGAUGAUCGGUUAUGGUAUGGCCAAGGCAGCAGUUCACCAGUUGGUGAAGAGUUUGGCCGAGGAUAAGAGUGGGAUGCCUGCCAAUUCAUUCGUGGCAGCAAUUCUUCCAGUAACACUUGACACCCCAAUGAACCGCAAAUUCAUGCCAAAUGCAGACCAUUCCGCCUGGACGAGGUUGGAGACCGUUGCAGAGUUGCUCCUGAAGUGGAGUGGUAACGAGGAGAGGCCCGCCAACGGUAGUCUGGUUCAGCUCAUCACCAAAGAGGGCGUCACCGAAUACAUUCCUGCCUAACUGCAGCAUUCCAGCACUUCCAUGUCAGUCCACCAAUAAUACAGCAUUAUCAUGAACCUUGACAUUUAUACACCCGCUGUUUAUGUCAGCCUUGGCCACUGAGUUGCUAAUGACCAUGUGGCCUGUCUAGUCUGAAAUAAAACGAAAAGCUGUAGUAAAAAAUUGUCCACAUGACCUGUCCCUCAACCACAGCGAACUCACUUUCAGCAUUACAAUUUUUGGUGCCUGGGUGGCUAAGGCUUGGCUUAAAAUAGCGUAAAAUGUACAUGUAUUUUAAUUCCAUUCAAAAUGAUCUUCCAUUGCUUAUUUUUUUCUGAAAAACUACUUGGAUAUUGAUUUUUAUAAAGAAACUACUGGAAAUUAUGUAAAAAUUUGUCACUGUAUGAUGGAAAAUCAUAUCUUGAUAAAACUGAAUGUACUUUGUAUGACAACUCGUGAAAUCAUAGUUCUAAUUCGUUACGCAAGUAUUUUUAGAAGCGGUAAGGUGUGAUCAUGUACUAUCUGUGUGAUUGUAAUUAUCCUAUAUCAUAUACUGUCACAUAGAUUUGUUUGUUGUAAAACAUCUCUCUGUGAGAGAGUGUCAUAGAGGUCACAUUGGAUUAGCUGUCAAACUGUUCAACGAUUUUCAGUGUGAGAUUUAUACAAUAUCGAAUUUUGAGAAAAUCAUAUAAAGUAUUUCACAAAGCGAAAUAGAUAAGUUUUUAGCAUUUUAACAAAAAUGGCAAAGUUAGAAGUGGUAAAUAUCCGUUUUUACCAUUUUGAGAAAAAUGUCUUCAUAGUUUUAAGAAUCUUACUGAAAGUGAUUGAAAAUUUUUCGACAUUUUUUAUCAUAACAGAACAUGUAGUGAGCUAUUGAUGCUUGUGUAUGUUCCAAGGGGUCCCUGUGAUUGAAUAAAAGCAAAAGUCCCAAGGCUGUACCCCGCACGCUUUUGUAGUUUUUCAGAAUGAAAAGUCUAGAGCUUAACCCUUCCAGGACUGAAUAUUUGUUUCCUAAACCUCCUCUCUGGACUGGAUAUUUUUCAAGUUUUUUCGUCCAAAAUCGAAAGUUUUUGAAAGCAAAAUACCAGCUUUGCAAGAAUCGCUAUGAAGUUGGCAUGAAUAGAAAGGGUAUUCCCCAGGAUGUCGGGAAUCCCCUUGGAGCAGUUAAAAAAUGCAGAUCGGCAUUAGAAAUGACUGGAAAACCGAUGUAGUGAAAAGAUCAUUGAUCUCGCAUUUCUGCGAGACUCGUCCAAAACGGAGGUAUUGCGGUGCUCGCAAUUUUGCGUGAGUCGUCCUGAAAGGGUAUGUGCUAUAUCAAAUACUCUUCUUGAUUACAUUUAAUUAGACCAUACACCUCAAACAUGAAAGUGCAAUGUUGAACGUAUUGUGUAUGGUUCUGAAGUCCUUUGUGUUGAUAAACUGGACACUUCUAGUCAUUGCUUUGGUGUCCAUAUACAUGUAUUUUUAUAAGACCACAAAGAGAACUUAUUUUAAUCAAGCUUAAAUAUACUAUGCGUGUUCAACGCUUCUUUGUUAAAGGGACAAUAGAGGCAGCAGCUAGGCAGGCAAGAUAAAGUUACACAAAGCUGCCAAUAGGGGUCUCUCACAUCUCACAGUAGGUCAAAAUGAUUCACGCUUGUACGAGGGAUAUAUUCAGUGCUCAGUCUGACAUGACCAAUCCUUGCCUUGUAUACUAGUCACUUGAAGAUGGCAAAAUUAGCCCCUCUCCUCCUGCCUAUAGUCCCCUUUAAGGCAUUUUUCUUCUCGGACUCAAAUCCAAGCUGUAAAUAACCUUUGUAAAGCUGAUUAUUUGGAUUUCUGACAGUUUUAUAGCGCACAAAGUUUCUCCUUGUUUUCUCAAAGGCGUCCGCACCUUAUCAAUGUUACUGUUAUUAAUAUUUUUACAGAGCACUUACUGUUGAAGUAAUUGGCAUUGUCCAAUGAGAUUUAUAGUGCGAUUUAAAUAUCAUUUUAGAGUCACCCUGGAGAAUGAUGCCCCAGCUUGCAGACAAUCAGCUAGGCAUUCCAACUUGCCGAGCUGGUCUGUCCUCAGAAAGGAGAAAAUAUUAGAUGAUGUUUGGGAAUUUGCUUUCCUGGAUUUUGACUGCACAGACUCAUAAUAUCAAGAAUUCAUAAAGUUUCUUAUCAUAGUCUUUUUAAAUUCUUGAUAUUAUGCAACAUACUCCCCAAAGAUGCCUUUUAGAAAAAAGGAAAAACCUUGUGGGCUAAAAACCAACUUGGAGUCAUCCAUUGGUAAUCAUCAUUGUUCGCUAUGUCAAGCAUUUUGGUAGUCAAAUGUCUGUACAUGUACAUGUACUGUAUGUCACAUCACAAGAAGGUACCGUUACAAUUCCUUACGUACUUAGGGGCAGAUUUAAUCGGAGCCUCGUAAAUCAUGCUUGUCUGAGCCCUAGUGCCCAUGCUGUACUUAGAUGACAGAGUUCAGUGCAGAUGCACAUGCACCUCGAGUUCAGAGCCUCAUAAACCAUGCUUGUCUGAGCCCUAGUGCCCAUGCUGUACUUAGAUGACAGAGUUUAGUGCAGAUGCACAUGCACCCCGAGUUCAGAGCCUCAUAAACCAUGCUUGUCUGAGCCCUAGUGCCCAUGCUGUACUUAGAUGACAGAGUUUAGUGCAGAUGCACAUGCACCCCGAGUUCAGAGCCUCAUAAACCAUGCUUGUCUGAGCCCUAGUGCCCAUGCUGCACUUAGAUGACAGAGUAUAGUGCAGAUGCACAUGCACCCCGAGUUCAGAGCCUCAUAAACCAUGCUUGUCUGAGCCCUAGUGCCCAUGCUGUACUUAGAUGACAGAGUUUAGUGCAGAUGCACAUGCACCCCGAGUUGUUUAGUGUGUGCUCUGACAUGGAAAGAGUAAAGUAGUAUAAGAAAUGGUUAUUGUUGUUACUAUGCAUAGAAGUUUAGUAAGUCUAUCAGAGAAAAAGAUAAAUAUUGUUUAAUAUUGAUUAUUAAUGGUGAAAGAGUGUGACUUCUUUGUGUUAGAAUUGUUGUCAAAAGAAAGAGCCUGUUAUUGUAAAUGUUUUAUUUAACCAAGCGAUGCAUUCCAAAUUAUUAACAAUAAGCAUAAUGUAUAAAUGGCAUGAUUCAGGUAGCUACAAGUGUCCUAUUUAGUGGUGAGAUUUUGAUAACUUUGCCAAAAUUUCAUCAUUUAUCUCUAAGAUACUAACUGUAUUAAUUAAUUUCACGAAGAAAUUGCAAAGCAAUUAUAACACGCCUAAAAUAGCUUGGAAAAUUUGUCAGUAUUUGGCUGCAAUGAACACUUCAGCUACCUGGACACAUCAUUUUAAAUAUUCAUGCCUCCACUCAGUGUGUCCCCUUGUAAGUCAUUUCAGAGUGACAGACUUCCAAGCCUCCAGUUCUGCUUAAAUUCAACAAGAAAGGGUGGUAGUUGGAUGGUUUGUUGACUUUCUACCAAAUUGCAAUGUGAACAGGUCAACAGAAGAUGUCAUCUGCAAUACUUUCAUUUUGGGACAUGCUGUGACGUAGUCUUCCACGUAUAUCAUUGUAACUACAGAGCACCUGCUGUAUUAGAAAUAGUCAGAUUCAGAUGAGAUUAGUUAGUAAUUUAGAUAUUUUAUUUUUGUUUUAUGGUAGUGAGAGUCUUCUUUUUGUUGGCUUCAAGGAUUUGUCUAAAUACAGCUGUCACUGGAUUAGACCCCAGAUCAAUACAGAUCUGAGUCUGGUUCUCCCUUGCUUAUAACCAAAUUAUUCAACCAAACCAUGACAAUUAGCUUUUCUGCAUAUUAUAAACUCUGGCAAGGGUAGAUAAGAUUGAACCCUUACUUGAUUCUUGUAUAAAUAUCAAGGACAAAUUACAAAGAAAGUGUCUUUCGUUUUCAAGUAAAAUGUCACUUUCCACUUUACUCUUUGAAGCCUUCAAUAUUUUUUAAUUUAAAGCCCGGAGCACACAUAGAUAUAGGGCUGCGAGAUUACAUGUAUGUCCCAAAUGACUUUUACAGAAUAAGGAACACAACAAACCUUCUUUUAGUCAAUGAUAUAAGAUUUUUAAGACCUUUGUGGCAUAAUCUUGCAGACAUUUCUCUCUGUGUACUCCUAGCUUAACCAGUCCUGUGUGCUAAUGCUAAUUUAAGGCACUUGUCUUUGCGUUCAAAACUUUCAAAUAACUUGACUUUCCUGCUGAUCUCCGAAAUCAUUAUCGGUACAUGAAAUCAAGUUUACAUUUUCACAACUUUGAAAUGAAAUAUUUAGAGCUGCAUUUAAAAGAGACCAGUAUAAUGUCAUAUUUAUCUUUGAACAUAGUUUAAAAUGUGCAUUUAUUAGGGUACUGAUAAGAAUUUUAGGUGUCAAACUGUGGCAUUUUUGAUUGAGAAAUCCUGAAGCAUUGUUAGAUAACCCUCUGUGUUAUGCCUUAUAAUAAGUCAUACAUGUAUUAGCCAUUUGUUAGGUCACAAAUCCAUUGUGUCUGUAGUACCAUUCAGGCACUGGACCUGGACGAAAUGCAUCUAUUUAAAUUGGCAAUCUAUUUGAUGUGGCACAUAUUGCAUUUGAUAGUUGCAAGUCCUUUUGUGAUGAUGUUCUAAAGGUCUCUUGAGCCAAGUAGUGCCUUGUGGCGUGUUGAAUUAGCGAUUAUUUUCCUCAUGAAACACCUGCUAUUGAAUCUGUAGAUGAAAAGAAAUAAAAGUCAUUGUGUUUGAGA